AUGUCAUCAGAUAUACGACAAGUGAUGCUCAUCUCAAACACAAGGAGCGAUGAGGAGGUGUUGGACACCCCAUGGUAUGAGCGGCCGAUUCUGGUGCUGACGUCCGCCGUAUUCUUCGUGUACUUCGCAUACAUUCGCGAACCCAAUGAUAUGGACGCGAAGAUGGGUAGAGAUCUGUUUGAAGUGAUGCCGGGUCUGGAGAUACCGCUCAUCGAGUCGGCCAUCACUGAGGCCCAGCGUAUGGGUUCAGACACCAGACAAUUGAGACAAAGACUCAAUGAACUGAAGGCUCUGAAGGCACGGGUGGAUCAACUCGACCACAAACCUCACAACUGAUCCCUUUGUCCGCAGACUACAUUAAUUUCCUUUAGAAAUAUCUGUAAUUAACGACUCAUUUGUAUAGAAAUAUGUGAAUAAAAUUCAUAAAUUAUAAUAA